GGCUGGAAAAUGAAACCCAAAGUGUGCCGAACUUGUGGGAAAGGCAUAACUAAUGAGAGAUCUUUGAAUAUAUUUGAUAAGCACAAUGAAACCACGCUGGAGCACAUCAAAUUACUAACUGGGGCUUCGUUGGAAAACUGUACCACUUUGCCGAAUCUGAUAUGUUUAGCCUGUCAAUCUCAAGUGGAACAAGGCAUAUCCUUUCGGGAACGCUGCUUGGAGGUGGAAAGGGAGCUCCUCGCAUCGCUGGACGAAGAAGAAGAGUUCAUCAAAAGCCCGCGGGAGUCGCCGAAAAUGAUCUUGGAGCCCGAGGAGCACCUGGAAGAGCCUCAGAUCAGUAUUGAAAUCGAGCGAAUGGACAAUGUCAAUAUAGAACCCAAUGAAAGGGACUGUUAUAAAGUGGAAGACAUCCUCAGCGAAUCGGAAAUCGACGAGGAAGCGACUAAAGACGAUGUAGAUUAUCGUGAUGUGGAUUACCUCAUUUACGAAAGCGAUGAAGAUGUGGUCGAAGGUCCAGAACUCAAAAACUCACCUGAGAAGUCGAAAACAAGAAGGAAACGUAGGAAAUUCUGCGACUCCACUGGGACCUUCGUUUGCGAGGAGUGCGGAAAUCAUGUCAAAGGACGAAUGGCCUUCGAACUGCAUUGCAAGCGGCAUCGCGGCGUCAAGGAGUUUGAAUGCAAUUUCUGCCUGGAUCGCUUCUGUACGCCGGCGGAAUUGAAGCGCCACACUCGCAAACACACCGGGGAAAAGCCCUUCAAGUGCCGUCACUGUUCCCGCAGCUUCUCGGACUACAGCACUCGGCUGAAGCACGAGCGGACCCACACGAACGAGCGGCCCUUUGCCUGCAAGGAGUGCAAGAGCGCCUUCACAACUGCCUACAUUCUGAAGAACCACAUGCUGGUGCACACCGGCGAGCGGGCUUUUAGGUGCAACCUCUGCGACAAGUCCUUCAGUCGCGAUACACACCUCAUGACUCACUAUCGUUCAAAUGCCCACAAACGCAACAUGCUGAAUGAUUCGGAAGAAUUCACAUAA